UGUUUGUCAGUGUGUGUGGUGAGCAACGUAGGUAGCUAAAGGUAUUUAAAUGCCAGUGUCACAGUGUCUGCUCAUCCUCUGCUCAGUCUGCUCACACAGGUAUCAGAAGAAUGCUUUCCCUCCUGUUCUUCGUCGGGCUCUUUGCCAGCUGCCUGGUAAAACCCAACACGGCCAUCUACUCCUUCUCUGGUUCCAUUGGUGGUGGUGGGAUUCCCUUUGCCUCAUCAGGAAAUGGAAGGGUCACAGGGAUCAGGGUCUGGGAAGUCCCAUCUCAAUACAUCACUGGUAUCCAGCUGCGCCAUCAAUACAUUUGGUCUAAAGUAUUUGGACGGGCAUAUGGCCCAGUGAAUGAGAUGUCACUUUUUGAUGGAGAGGCCGUUGUUCAGGUCUCUGGUAAAUACCACAGCAAUUACAUCUAUCAGCUGAUAUUCGUAACCUCCAGAGGGCGAUCUCUGAGCGCUGGCCUGCCUUAUCAGAAAUCAUUCAACUUCUACCCGACUCACCCGGAAUCAGAGCUGCGAAUGCUGAGCGGCCGACAUAACGGCAAUGGGAUUACUUCACUGGGAGCUCACUGGUCAUCUGAGUUCAAUAGCACUAGCGCAUAAUGAAUGAGUUCAAAGCUGAGUAGUGGUGUACUAAUGAUUGGUUUGAUGGAAUAAUCAAAACUUGUCACUGAUCAACCUGUAAAUAAGUGACCAACAUGUGUUGACAAAUGUGCACUGGGUAAUUUCACACCACUUUUGGAGCAAUACCUUUGACAAUUGAAUAUGAAACAUUGUUUUAUAAGUUAAAAAAUAAAGAUUUAAUGGUGAA